AUGACAUCAGCGUGUGUAAGAGAUAGCGAGGGCCCGGGUCAGGCGGCGGCGGGAAAGGGGGACUUUGGCUGGGCCCUGCAUGGCGCGGUGGUGGGCGAUGGAGGGAGGGAUCGCGAUGGCAGCAGCGGCAGGCGCAGAGAGUUGGAAAAGGACCGGAUGCAGGCUGGGAGGGCUGUGGUGCAAAAGCAACGGGGACGGGCUAGGGCCCGGGGUGCACGGCUACCGUUUGGCGUCCGCGUGGAGCGUGGUGGGCAGAGGGCCAGAGGGGCCUAUGGGUCUGACGAGCAGGCCGGCCUAGCAGGGGCUAGUCGGGGCAGACAGCUGCUCCAGGGGCUGUGGCGCAGGAGACUGGCUGGCGGGCGGGGCGACGUCAUUGGGAGCCGCACCGCCAUCGAUCCCCACCCGAUUGCCCGAUCACUGCUGAACGUCGAGCCUGGCGCUAGUCCCCGAAUGGGCGCUAGCGGAAACGGCUGGACAGGGAUGCGCGCGCAGGGAUGGGGCAGCGGAGAAGACCCUGAUCUCUGGAUUACAUCAGACAUCACGACGUUUAUGCCGCCCCGUCCAUUUGGCCAGUACCGACACGCAGACCCUGGCCUGCUGGCCCGCAGAACGCCCGCCCUCCGCCCUGCUUGCACACACACACACACACGCACACACACGGCAGCCUCUGCCGCCAUCGCCUCGCCCCCGAACCCAUCCAGGACAUACAUGUGUACAGUGUGGGCGUCCCUCCAUACACACAGGUGCGGUGUGGACGUGGAUGCCCGUGUCGUGUCGUGUGGAAUCGGCUUGUUGAGGGGCAACAUGCCUGUACUGUCUGUAGUAUGGAUGCGGUGCCCUGAUCCCGGGUGGGCGAACCCUGUGCCUUUUGCCCUGCUUGUGCCUGCCCAUUAUAACUGCCCACCCACGCCCGCCCAACCGUCUGGUCCUGCUGCCAGAUCCCUCUUUCCCCCCCAUCCAUCACCCAUUACCACCCACAACCACCACUGCCUCUCCCUCACCACUCACCACUUGUUGCUCACCUUCAACCACGUCAUCCAUCUGGCCCUCUACCGCGGCUUGCUCUCUCUGCACACUGCUACUGCUGCUGCUGCUGCUGCUACCACCACCGCCGCUACCACUACUACUACUGCUGCUGCCCGCCUCGCCUCCGACUUUCACGUGCUUGCCUGUCUGCCCGCCUGCGCCUGCCUUUUGCUCGCUGCGUCCUGCACUGCCUUCUUUGCACACGCACCGCACCGCACCGCACAACCCCACCACAUUACUGUGAAUUUCAUCACCUCUUCCCCCCCUCCUCGCUCCGGCACGUGUCUGCUCAAAAUGGACGCCUUGUCCGGCAAGAAUUCGACAGGUCGCAGAGUGUCUUUGCUAAACGACGGCCCGGCGCCUCCACCUCAACUUGUCCGACUCCCCUCCAUCACUCCUUCCCUCCAGUCCCGCACCUCGGCUUAUUCGUCACCUGCCGCCUCACCACCAACCCCCCGCCUGGUCCGCAGCGAUUCUUCAGACUCAAACAUGCAGACUCCCUCGCCCAUCACGCCCGACUUUGCUUUUGAGCAGGGCAUGGACUCGCCCGUCUUUUCGCAAAAUGGCUUCUUCCCCUCGCAAAAGGACCUCAGCUACCCUAUGCACCAGCCACAAACGGCCCCGAUGCCCUACCCACCCCAGCCCGGCUACUUUAACAACAGGCCCGAUCAUCUCCAGGACCCGCACCACCAGCAACAUCAGCAGCAGCUUUCGGAGCCAUCGGCUCUUAACGCUCGCCCCAAAAAGAACAGCUACCCAUGCCCAAUGGCCAAGCAAUUCGGCUGCAACGACUACUUCACCACCUCAGGCCACGCUGCGCGCCACGCCAAGAAGCACACGGGCAAAAAGGACGCCUUCUGCCCCGAGUGCAACAAGGCCUUCACUCGCAAGGACAACAUGGAGCAGCACCGCCGCACCCACCAGACCGGUCGCAACGCUGCCAAGGGCGCCGACCGCGACAUCAAAAAGGCAAAACACCAGGCCAAGCGGCCCAGGCCAGCGCCUCUGCAGUCGACAAUGCCUUCGUUGUCUUCGCUCUCCAUGGUCGACCCCACCCUGCCUGUCAGUCCCGCUACGGCGUCAUACAUGGCCCCCCCGGUACAAUCGUCCGACUCCUUCCUCGACUUUCCAAACUCACAACAUCGCUCGCCCUAUCCCGACCCCACUCCUUACAGCUACAACCCUAGCUCGUAUGGUGGUCUAGACGCCUUGGCCAUUGCCGCCAGCGGAGAGAAGCGCAAGUUUGAGUCGUAA